CUUAAUAUAUUUAGAAUAAUGAAAAUGAAACAUCAAAUUGACGUAUUCGUAUUUGUACUACUAACUAUGGGUACGUCAGCAAAAAAUGUGCGAAUUGUUGGCGGCCAAGACGCAGAUGUUCGAACAUAUCCGUUUGUAGCAGUAUUUAAACAUGUUGGUCAAUUACAUUUUUUUUGUGGUGGUGCAAUAAUAAGUAAUAGGCACGUAGUUACAAGUGCUAUAUGCCUACGCAAAGAAUUAAACGAUUUCCGUCAUCUUAGAGUUUAUACAGGCAUAUCUUCAGAUCCGAAUACAGGAACUUCGCAUGAAGUGAAAAAGAUUUUGAUUCAUCCUCGUUUCUCAGCAACACGCAAUUCUGAUGAAAUGUUUUUACAUGAUAUCGCAGUCGUCAAGCUGAAACAAGCAAUUCAAUUUAAUGAAUUCCAAAGCGCCAUCGAACUAUUAAACAGAGAUGUUAUUAGCACUGAGAUGGGCUUGGUUUUGGGAUGGGGAUCAACGACUUAUCCAGAAGAUUCAUAUCCUAUACAAAUGCAAAAGGCCAAUGCGCAUGUUAUUCCAGAAAGCAUGAAUUCUAGAAUUUAUACAUUUAUUAUGCACGAUACUCAGUUUGCGGCGUUGGACAGAAAUGGAAUUGGACUGUGCACGAAUGAUGGCGGGGAUCCAUUUAUCAUUGAGGGCAAACUCGCUGGUUUAGCAUCAAUUAUCUAUAGGUGUGCAAGAGGUGUUCCUGAUGUAUAUACGAAAAUAUAUUAUUACAUUGAUUUCAUAAGAGAUAUGAUGUUGAUUUCAUAAUAGAUACAACAUUAAUUCUGUAACACUGCAUCAAUAAUUUUCA